CAGCAAGACCUGGGUGCCGUCAGCCCCCACCCCCAGGAAACAGUCUGGCAGCUUGUUUCUGCUGUGCACAGGAGCCAGGCUUCCUCUCCUGGGAAGGCUGAGCACAUACCUGCAAGGGCCCCUUUCUGGUUCUGUGAAUGCUUGCUGGGAAGUUCUUCCUUGAGUUUAACCUUACCCCACCAGCCUUAUCAACCAUUGCAAGCUAGUCCUGGUAGCCCCAGAAGACCAGAGCCAGGUUGUGAAGGUUUUUGUUUUGCCUAACAUGCCCUGAGCACUGACCUACAUGCCAAGCACUGUUUAAGAACUUGUGUUGGCUGGGUGCAGUGGCUCACACCUGAAAUCCCUGUACUUUGGGAGGCCAAGGCAGGAGGAUCACUUGAGGCCAGGAGUUCCAGACCAGCCUGGGCAAAAUAGUGAGACCCCUGUCUCUACAAAACAAAAAUAAAUUUAGCCAGGCAUGGUGGUAUGCACCUGCAGUCCCAACUAUUCAGGAAGCUGGCAAGAUCACUUGAGCCCAGAAGGUUGAGGCUGCAGUGAGCAAGACCAUCUUCAAAAAAAAAAACAACUUGUGUUAACGUGUUAAACUCGUUUAAUCUUUACAGUGAUUUAUGAGGUGAGUACUAUUAUUAUCCCUAUCUUGAUGAGGAAACUCAGGUACAGAGAGGCUAAGUAGUUUGCCUGAGAUCACACAGCAGGAGGCUCUCAGGAUUUGAAUCCAACUGGUCCAUCUGCCUCCAGCAUCUAUAUGCUAAACCCUACCCACAGCUGCCUUUGUCUUGGGGUCAGGGUCCUGGACCGGUCUGGGCCAGCCUGAGUUAGGAAUGGGAAGAGGAGGCAUGCACCCGAGUGUUCUUCCCACCUGACCGAGUCCUCCAGUGCCCGUGAGGAAGGUGGGCACCGCUGUCACCCUGUUUCCCGGGAAGGCAGCAGGCCCAGGGAGGUACUGGGAUUUGCCAAAGGCUCACAGCCAACAAGCGGCUGUGGGCACUGGCCCCUCAACACCCAGCCCUGCACACACUGUCUCUGAGUAGACCUGGGAGGGGCAUGUGAAACCCACCUGCCCUGGCUGGGAGAGAAGCGGGGGAGUAGACAUGGAAAGCAGGGACCAGGAGGAGCUGCCCAUGUGCCUCCUCAGUUCCAGGAUGGUGCUUUCUUUUUUUUUUUUUUUUUUUUUUUGAGGUGGAGUUUCGCUCGUUUCCCAGGCUGGAGUGCAAUGGCGCGAUCUCGGCUCACUGCAACCUCCGCCUCCUGGGUUCAGGCAAUUCUCCUGCCUCAGCCUCCUGAGUAGCUGGGAUUACAGGCACGCGCCACCAUGCCCAGCUAAUUUUUUGUAUCUUUAGUAGAGACGGGGUUUCACCAUGUUGACCUGGAUGGUCUCGAUCUCUUGACCUCGUGAUCCACCCGCCUCGGCCUCCCAAAGUGCUGGGAUUACAGGCUUGAGCCACCGCACCCGGCCCCCCAGGAUGGUGCUUUCAUGCUGGGAGUGAGCUCACCCCGUGCCAGGCUAUCAUCAAGGUGUUUUCCAUUCAACAACUGAGUUUCUCUCUCUCAGGCUACUUAAGUAGUAAAGAAACAGAUUUAAACCCAGACAGUCUGGCUCCACGGCCGAGGCCCAGAGAGGGGUGGUAAUGAGCCCAGGGUCGCACAGCCACAGCCCCAGAGCUAGGAACUGCUGGCUAGGACAAGUAGACAGCUGACUCCUAGCCAACUGGGGGGUGGAGCAGAGGUGGAGCCAGGGAGACCCAGGUGGCCUCUGAGAGCAGAGCACAGGCAGCAGAGUGGCCCGGGGCAGCAUGAAGUGGAGCUGGGGCCCAGCGCGGCUCAUCGUGGGUGCCAUGGUCCUCAUGGAGGGUGAGCUACCAUGUGUGGGGGCUCAGGGGCCACCUCUGCCCCAGCAGCCCCUGCUCCUUGGUGGGGGGACUACCUGUGUGUGACAGUCUGUUGGUGGGGAUGGAACUCUGUGGGGCAGGGUAUGUGGCCACCUGUGUCUACAUAGGUGAGGUUUUCUCGGGCCAGCUAGUUUGCAUCGACAGGGCCUGUGGUCUUAUGUAUGUGGUGCUGCCUGUGUGUGUCCUGUGCCCAUCUCUGCCUUGAAUGACCUCAGGCAAACUCUGGGUGCCUCUGGCUUCAGUUUCUCUUUCUUUUCAUCCAUCCUCUGGGCAGCCUGGCUCAGCUGUCUCACAGGGGUGCCUAUGUGCCUGUAUGCCUGUGAGUGGGGGGUGGCAGGCAGUGGCCCUCUCUCUGGCGGACUCUCAGGCAGUUUCUGGGAAGGUGGGGAAGACUGAGAGCAGGGAUGAGGUAUGUCUCCAUUUCUUGGGGCCCUCCCCCCUUGGAAAUGACGCAGGCCUCUAAUCCUUCCUCUUAGGCCUCUGCUGCUGAGGGGACAAUUAAGCUAAUGCUCUCCAUACACAGAGGCCACCUCCCUGACUCAGUGGUGGGGGCAGGCUUUGGGGGUUCUGAAGCCUGGAGGAGGUUUGGCCUACUCCCAGGUUGAACCCCAAGCCCUGGAGUGCUGAGCACAGCUGAAGGAGAAUUAAUUACUGAGUAUGCACGCUGAAUAGGUUCCAAUAAAAGCUGUCUCGACCUCAUAUAAAUAUUUUCAUUCUGGGAGGGGCUGGUGAGGUAAUCACAGUCACAGGCAAGGACCCUGGGCCUGCCCCCCAGCCCAUCCCCUCUCCUCCCCAAAGCUAGGCAGGCCUGGCGUCCCUGCGUCUCACCUGUGUCUCUCUCUUCCCAGGUCUUCAAGCCACUCAGCAUGGUAAGGUCUGGGGACACGGGGUAUGGGCCUUAUUUGGGUCUGUGUUGGACCUGGGGUGAGGUCAGGACAGGGAUCUGCUGUCAGUGUGACCCAUCGCUUUUCACAGCCUGUGGACAGCGUGGCCCUGGCCCCCCUGAGCCUCAGGAGGGCAACACAGUUCCCGGCGAGUGGCCCUGGCAGGCCAGUGUGAGGAGGCAGGGAGUUCACAUUUGCAGCGGCUCCCUGGUGGCAGAUACCUGGGUCCUUACUGCUGCCCACUGCUUUGAAAAGGAGGCAGCAACAGAACUGAACUCCUGGUCGGUAGUCCUGGGUUCUCUGCGGCGUGAGGGACUCAGCCCCAGGGCCGAAGAGGUGGGGGUGGCUGCCCUGCAGUUGCCCAGGGCCUAUAACCACUACAGCCAGGGUUCAGACCUGGCUCUGCUGCAGCUUGCCCACCCCACAACCCACACACCCCUCUGCCUGCCCCAGCCGUCCCAUCGCUUCCCCUUUGGAACCUCCUGCUGGGCCACUGGCUGGGAUCAGGACACCAGUGAUGCUCCUGGGACCCUACGGAACCUGCACCUGCGUCUCAUCAGCCGCCCCACAUGUAACUGUAUCUAUAACCAGCUGCACCAGCGGCACCUGUCCAACCCAGCCCGGCUCGGGAUGCUGUGUGGGGGCCCCCAGCCUGGGGUGCAGGGGCCCUGUCAGGGAGAUUCCGGGGGCCCUGUGCUGUGCCUUGAGCCCGAUGGACACUGGGUUCAGGCUGGCAUCAUCAGCUUUGCAUCAAGCUGUGCCCAGGAGGAUGCUCCCGUGCUGCUGACCAACGUGGCUGCUCACAGUUCCUGGCUGCAGGCUCGAGCUCAGGGGGCGGCCUUCCUGCCCCAGAGCCCAGAGACCCCGGAGAUGAGUGAUGAGGACAGCUGUGUAGCCUGUGGAUCCUUGAGGACAGCAGGUCCCCAGGCAGGAGUACCCUCCCCAUGGCCCUGGGAUGCCAGGCUGAUGUACCAGGGGCAGCUGGCCUGUGGCGGAGCCCUGGUGUCAGAGGAGGUGGUGCUGACUGCUGCCCACUGCUUCAUCGGGCGCCAGGCCCCAGAGGAAUGGAGCGUAGGGCUGGGGACCGGACCAGAGGAAUGGGGCCUGAAGCAGCUCACCCUGCACGGGGCCUACACCCACCCUGAGGGGGGCUAUGACGUGGCCCUCCUGCUGCUGGCCCAGCCUGUGACACUGGGCGCCAGCCUACGGCCCCUCUGCCUGCCCUAUGCCGACCACCACCUGCCUGAUGGGGAGCGUGGCUGGGUCCUGGGACGGGCCCGCCCAGAAGCAGACAUCAGCUACCCCCAGACAGUGCCCGUAACCCUCCUGGGGCCUAGGGCCUGCAGCCGGCUGCAUACAGCUCCUGGGGGCGAUGGCAGCCCCAUUCUGCCAGGGAUGGUGUGUACCAGUGCUGUGGGUGAGCUGCCCAGCUGUGAGGGCCUGUCUGGGACACCACUGGUGCAUGAGGUGAGGGGCACAUGGUUCCUGGUCGGGCUGCACAGCUUCGGAGAUGCUUGCCAAGGCCCCGCCAGGCCGGCGGUCUUCACUGCGCUCCCUGCCUACGAGGACUGGGUCAGCAGUUUGGACUGGCAGGUCUACUUCGCCGAGGAGCCAGAGCCCGAGACUGAGACUGGAAGCUGCCUGGCCAACAUGAGCCAACCAGCCAGCUGCUGACAGGGGACCCAGCCAUUCUGAGGAUGAGAGAACAUAGGAAGGGAACUGGCAUCACUGCCCUGCCCUCCCCACCCCACCAUGUGUGAUUCCAGGCACAGGGCAGGCCCAGAAGCCCAGCAGCUGUGAGAAAGACCACAGGUGCCAAAUCCCCACCCUGCAGGACAGAGGUGUCUAUGGACGCUCCCAUGCCCAGCUCUGCUCUGACGCAGGCAUCCCAGCUUUCCUCCUCCUUCACCCUCUCAGAUACAAUCACGCCAGCCACGUGUUUUGAAAAUUUCUUUUUUUAGGGGGCAGCAAUUUUCCCUUUUUUAAACUUAAAUAAAUUGUUACAAAAUAGA